CUUGACCGACGGAUUUGUAAACAUGAAAAAUGGCGACAGCGAUGAAAGACGGAUAUGAUUUUGUGUCAUUCACUGCAGUGAAAUCACAAUGACGGAACCAGAGCUUUCACGCGAAGUAGAACUGUUUUAUUCUGUAUGAAUUUCUUUCGAUGUUAGGCACUGAAUGAUUUUCAAAGUCCUUGAUGGCUUCGAUUUGUUACGUCAACAUAAAGUAACAAUGAAACUGAACUAAAUUAAAAAUGUCUUCGAUACAUUUUUAGCAACGAAAUAAAUAUCGAUGACUUCAGGAAUUAAGUAAAAUGCAACAAAACUACAGCUAUACAAACUACAAUGUCAGGUAGACUAAAUGCACAAGAUAAGAAGGACUUGGAGAAAUUUACAAAGUUUCUCAUCUUUAAAAGUUUACAAGUUAUUGUUCAGUCGAGACUAGGAGAGAAAAUAAGAACGAAGUCGAAACCAAUUUCUUCAGGAACAGACUGGUUCAACCUUGCUAUAAAGGACAUACCUGAUGUCCAUUCUGAGGCUAAACGAGCUCUAGCCAACCAACAGCCAAUCCUAGGACAAAAUGUGUGUGUGGAGAUUUCACUUAAGACGUCGGAGGGAGCAACCAUGGUACUGGAGACAUGGUACAUCAGUCUGGACCAGGAUCACUGUGAUAACAAUGUGAAGAUUUCCUACACAGUCUACAACAAGAUGGGCACGGCACUCAAGUCCCUGUUCACCGUGUCACGGGUCACACCGGCCUAUAAGCUGUCCAGGAGACAGGGCGUCUGCUCAGAUGAUUAUGUCAUUUGUUAUAGAAUCUAUGCAGGGGACCCACAGUUCUUCAUGCUCGGUGAUGGGUACCAGACCGCUAAAGUAGGGACUGUUCCGACACCACAGGGGACCAUCUCUAUACAGCUGGCCUACAGAACCAAACUGUUGAUCACACCACAGAAGAGUUCUAAGGAAGUUGGCUUUGAGGUUAAAGAUGACCAUUUUAAGAAAGACACUAGUCCGAAACGAUCAACAACUCCAAAACCCUGUUCUAUGGGUUACAGAAGGGAGAGCGUUGUAGAUGAUUAUGGACAACAAGGCUAUGAUGACACUCAGGACCUUUGCUCAACCACCUUUACUGCUAGUCCCACUGAUGGGUUCCUGUACAGUGCUAUGCAGACUGGCUCCUUGCCCCGCACUUAUUCCCAGCCAAUCAGAAUAGAUGGCAGGCUACCUCCCAGUCAAAGUGGAGAAGAGUUCAAGCCUACCAGGUAUACAAAAACCUGCAUCAGGUAUAUAAAAAAUCUACUGGGUAUUAAAAAACCCACCAGGUAUAACAAAAAACUACAAAGUAUUCAAAUAUAUACCAGGUACACUGUAUACAAAAAACUUAACCUGGUAUACAAAAAUCUACAAGGUGUAGACAGUUAAAGCUACAAGGUGUUCAAAAAAUAUACCAGGUACACUGUAU